UUUAGCAUUUUAAUAGCAUAGUCUGGAAUUUUUAUUUUUUUCUAAAUAAAAAAGUUUAUCUUAACUAUAUAAUCUAAAAAAUAUUUUUAAUUUUCAGAUUACAGUUAAAAAAUUUAAAUCAGAUAUUAAAAAAUUUCAUAUUUACAAGACACAAAAAAGAAAGUACGGAGGUGAUAGAGAAAAUAACCAUUUUAUAAAAGUCACAUUUCAUUAAUUAUAAUCUUUUUUUUUAACAUGUUCAAUUAGUUUAGUAUUUUAGUGAUACAAAAUUUUACACGAUAGAAGAAACAAAUUAAAAUUAGUAUAUGUGUGUUCACAUAUGAAAAACUAUGAUACUAAUAGAACAAUUUACAAAAUAUAUCUUUCACUUCUAAAACUAAUUGUUGCAAUCAAUAUUAUUGUACAAACAUUUGCAUAUGACAUGUGCACAAACCUUCCAUCGUCAAUAUUUUACGAUAAGCGACGAAAUAAACAUCAUACGACUACUUACAUGUUAAAGGUAUAUUAGUACAUAUAUAGUAAAUGAAACAAUUGUCCAAAAGAGGAAAAAACAAAUGCAAAUAAUAUCAUCUUGUAAAAGCUGAUAGCAAGAGGAGAUCGAUCCCAAUCUUCUAUAGAACGUGAUUUUCCGCCAAUACCCAUGAAGGAGGGUCAGAACACUUAAAUGAUUUUACCAAUGUAUAUAAUUUUAAGCUCCCAUGCCAAUAAUAAUACAAUAGAUCAUAAAGACUAAAAUUAAUAAAUAUUCAAGAGAUGAAAGACUCAUGUUUACAUAGCUUUAAUAUGUGUCUAGUUAGGAUGAAACAUUAGUGGCAUAAGUUAGAUAGAAACAAUGUUAGGCAAGGUGUAAGGUGUGUUAGGUAAGGUGCAAGGUGUGUUAGGCAAGGUGGAAGGCAUGUUGUUUGUCUAGUGAUUCUUAUUAUAUAUAGUUCUCCUCUUCUCAACACAUACAUACUAUUAAUUCUCUUUAAACGGGUGGUGAAAUAUGUAUGAUAAAGAAAACAUUCCUUCACCUGGCACUUCUGCUGCCACCUCAGGCACUCCUGUUGCAUUUCUUUCUACAAGUUUCACCAAUGCCAUCAAUACAACAAAUAAUACUAAUAAGAAUUUCCUUUCCAAGUGUUGUAGAUGCUUAACUUUGGAUGAUAGAACCAUAGAAAAUGGAGUCUUACCAUUUGUCUCAUGUUCUUUCUCACUAUCUCCUCUUGUCCCUUUGGUAAAAAAGGUCGGUGCUGAAUUCAUCGGGACCUUCGUUCUUAUGUUUGCAGCCACUGCCGCCGCCAUUGUUAACGAGAAGACAAACGGCUCUGAGACUAUCAUAGGCUGUGCUGCCACCACUGGCCUCGUCGUUAUGGUCGUCAUCUUUGCUACUGGACACAUCUCCGGUGCUCACUUCAAUCCUGCUGUCACUCUUUCCUUUGCUGCAUUGAAACACUUUCCUUGGAAACAUGUGCCUAUAUAUAUUGGUGCACAAGUUUUAGCAUCUAUCUGUGCCGCAUUUGCUCUGAAAUGGGUUUAUCACCCUUUCAUGAUUGGUGGAGUCACUGUUCCUUCAGGAGGAUAUGGCCAAUCUUUUGUUUUGGAAUUCGUUAUUGCUUUUAACCUCAUGUUUGUUGUUACUGCAGUAACCACUGACACUAGAGCUGUGGGAGAACUUGCAGGAAUAGCGGUGGGAGCUACGGUGAUGUUCAAUAUAAUGAUAGCAGGACCAAUAUCAGGAGCCUCGAUGAAUCCAGUAAGAACACUAGGUCCUGCAAUAGCCACAAAGAACUACAAAGCAAUAUGGGUUUAUCUGAUAGCUCCCAUAUUUGGAGCUUUAGCUGGUGCAGGUACCUAUAGUGCAGUGAAGCUGCCCAAAGAAGAUGAUGCCAAAGAAAAAACUUCAAUCAGCUUUAGAAAGUGAUUUCAAAAGGCUUAAUGUAUUAAGACAAUUCAUGUUUAAGUAAAUAAAAUCUUGAAACUGUGUUCAAUUUUAUGGUAAAAAACAUAGGAAAAGAAUCUUUAAAAAUAUAUGUUUUAUGUACCUAAAUGGAAAAGGUUAUACACUACAAAACUUUCUCUCAAAAAAAACACAAUAGAGGCCUUCUCUCUUUUUUCUUCACUCACACAACUUUUUUUUUAUGUUGCACCGUUCCUCUUUUUCCUUAUAGAUGGGAUUCACACAAAACACCAAAAAAAUAAAAAAAUACAGAAAGCUGAAAACAUUUAAAGUUUACACGACAAAACUCUCAUGUAAACUUAAAAGGGUCUUCAGUCUUUCAUUCCACACCGAAUUCUGUAUCCGAUUCUGUUGUUCAUGUAUAUGAUUCCAACAAGACUGUCAUGCACUUUGUUCUUAGGAAAGGGGACAGGCGUGAAUGUGGUUUUGAAGGUGGUGGAGGUUUGGUAGAGGAGGUGUUUGUUAAGGUGAAGCUUGUUGUUCGGAGUUGUGGUGGACGAGGUGGUUCUGUGAUGCGUGGAGGACUUUGUGUUGGAUAUGUGAUAGUCCAGCUUCUAAAGGUUGUGGAGGUGCAUCUGUGCCUGGAAGAGUUUAUCGCUACAUCAAGUAAACAAUAAUAUAUGUUCGAUUAAAAAAAAACAAGCCGCAAC